AUGUCUUGUCUUGCUAUGAUUGGGUAUCUUAAAAUUCUAGCUAGCACCAGCCGUUUCGUCCGCCUUAAGUUGAUGUCGGGAUCAAUGUUGGACCUGCCCAUGUACCACUUCGGGUCCUUUGGUUGUAACGUUGUGACCUGGUUCUGUACUCGUGUUUGUAUCUCCAAGCUUUCUCAUUCGGUAAGGGACUUUCUUUUGGCCCAAUACGGAUGA